AUGGUCAACAAUGCGUACAGACAUCUUCAGGUGCUCAAGGGAGCUUGGCCUGCUGCACAACCGAAAAAUCUUUGGCAUACUCUCUGGAGUCUUAAAGUGCCCCCAAAGGUCUGCAAUUUUUUGUGGAGGGCAGCGUCAGGUUGUUUGCCUACUUGUGUACAAUUGCAGAAGAGACAUGUACCAGUGAGUAUAAUCUGCCCUGUUUGCAAUGUGGAUGAUGAGACUAUUUUCCAUGCUCUUGUUGAUUUGGUUGUGAACCGUGUGAAGAAUGAUGAGAUGGAGGAGUUGGUGAUGGUGGCGUGGGCGAUUUGGAGGGCCAGUAAUGAAGUUGUAUGGCAGCAGGAGAGUUCUAAUGCUGCAAGCAUUGUUACAUCUGCAAGAUCAAGCCUAGAUCAAUAUAAGAUUGCUCAAGAACGGAGAGGUUAUUCUCUAUCUCAUCUUGUUGAUGAUGGGAAUAAAUCUGAGCAAUGGUCGAAAUCCACUGGUAACAAGAUCAAGGUAAAUGUUGAUGGAGCUUUGUUUGUUGAAGAAGGACGUUUUGGUUUGGGGUGUUCAGCCAGGGACAGUAAUGGUAGAUUGGUUGAAGCAUUCACUCUAGGAAAGUUGGGUCUGGUCCAACCCGAAAUGGCAGAAAUCAUUGGUAUAAAGGAGACUUUGAGUUGGAUUGAUAGACAUGAUUGGCAAAAUGUCGUUCUUGAGACCGAUAGUUUACCGUGUGUCCAAGCUAUUAAAAGCAACAUUCCUAUGUUGUCUCAAUUUGAGUUACUUGUGCUUGAUGUCCGUGAAUUAUUAUUAUCUUUGAAUUACGUUGAUAUGUGUUUUGUUAAACGAUCUGUAAACAAAGCAGCUCACUAUCUUGCCAUGAGCUCUUAUUUCUCGUCAGGUCGUGCACUUCAAUUAGAGGAUUGUUCUUCUGAAGUGUGUUCUAUUGUUCUGAACGAUUGCUAUCUUUAA